AGGUGCACGAAGUCCAGUCUCACAUGGGCCGCUUGGAGACAUCCGACAGGCAGUCCUUGCACCUGGUGGAGAACGAACUUCAAGGCAGGAUAGACCAGAUAUUCAACAGCCUAGAGCGUCUGGAGGUUCUGUCCAACAAGGAGCCUCCCAACAAGCGGCAGAAUGCCAAGCUCCGUGUAGACCAGCUGAAGUAUGAUGUCCAACACCUGCAGACGGCACUGCGGAACUUCCAACACCGGCGUUAUGCCCGGGAGCAGCAGGAGAGGCAGCGGGAGGAGCUCCUGGCCCAGACCUUCACGACUAAUGUGAGCCAGGACUGUGCCGCCACCGCCAUCCCCAUGGAUGAGACGCUGCAACUGAACUCAUCCCUGCAGAAAGCCCAUCAUGGCAUGGAUGACCUCAUUGGCGGCGGCCACAGCAUCUUGGAGGGACUGAGAGCUCAGAGGCUAACACUGAAGGUGAGGCCACCUUUCGUAGGAGGCCCUGGGCCUGCACCGCUGGUGGGGACAUAGAAGGUGGGACUGAACUGGGAGCAUGCCCGCCCCUCUGCCUUCGACUUUGGGAGGUGAAGAUUUCAAUCAAUCAAUCGUAUUUAUUUA